AUGGAUACAAAAAAAGUGAGCCACAUCUCUACUUCUGGGAAGGAGCUAAUGGAAGAGGAUGAGGACCGCAGGAAUUCGAGGGAAUCAGAGGUAAAUAUGGAAGGAAGCCAAAUUUCAAAAAUUACAGUAGAGAAGAUUGAAGGGAUUUUCAAUUUCAGGAUCAACGAAGCAGCCAUGAAGGAACUUAGAUACCCAUGGUGGGAUACUCUUAUUGUUAAACUUCUUGGGAGGCGUAUAUUCUUACUGGCCCUUACUAGAAGACUCGAGGCUAUGUGGGAAAAAAUGGGCAGCAUUGAGGUCAUUGACUUAGGCAAUGACUUUUUCAAUGUAAAGUUUUAUUCUCAGGAGGAUCUUGAUUUUGCUCUUACAGAGGAUCCUUGGAAGAUCCUAAACCACUAUAUAUCCAUCCAUUCUUGGCAACCAAAUUUCAAUCCUUUUGAAGCCACCAUAGACAAAAUCGCAGCUUGGAUUAGACUCCCAGAUUUGGCUAUUGAAUAUUAUGAAAAAAACAUGCUGAACAAAAUAGGAGACGUGAUUGGACGCACCUUGAAAGUUGAUACAAACACUGCAGAUAAAAGUAGAGGAAAAUUUGCCAGACUUUGUGUGGAAUUAGAUCUAACAGCCCCCCCCAAAUCUCUCAAUAUGCCAUUAAUGGAGUUAAAUAUAAGGUGGAAUAUGAAGGAAUCUACAACAUCUGCUUUAGUUGUGGGUUAG